AUGGCCGGCUCAGACGUCGAGGCAAAGGUCGUAGUGCUCGGCUCGCAGGGCGUCGGCAAAACCAGCCUGGUGCAUCGAUACGUCAAGAACGCCUUCGCAAACACCACCUCCACCGUUGGCGCCUCGUUCUUGACCAAGAAGGUCGUCGACAUCGACACAUCCACCGUGGUUCGCCUCCAAAUAUGGGACACUGCUGGCCAGGAGAGAUAUCGUAGCAUUUCCAAGCUGUACUACCGCGGCGCUAAUGCAGCAGUCCUCUGCUACGACAUCACCGAUCCGAAGUCCUUUGAGGAAAUGGGCCGCUGGCUCAUCGAGUUGAAGAACAAUCUGGGCGACGAUAUCAUCCUUCACGUCGUCGGCACCAAAGUCGAUAGGGUAGCCGAAGACCCUUCGGCCCGCAAGGUUCCUUUCGAGCGAUGCAUUGCCUACGUCGCCGAGAACUUGUUUCCGCAGCAGGCGCAGCAGGACAAGCAAACCACGUCGGUCCCGAAGAGUCUCUGGGGCGUCGCCGGCGUAACGGGCGGCGCUAAGGAUGACAGCGGCAUGGCGAGCCCACAGAGUAAUAGGAGCAGCGGCUUCUGGGGCCAGGACGUGGGAUGGGACUGCUGUCACGAGAUCAGCGCCAAGGAUGGUGAGGGUGUCGAGGAGGUUUUUCGAGUCAUCACGCGCAAACUGGUCGAGCAGCGCAAUAAGAGCAUGGAGCAGGACUUUCUCAGCUCAGGCGGCGUGACACCUGCGGUGAGCGGCGGGCCCGGUCAAGGUGGUUACUUCGACUACUCAUCAGGGAGCGCGAGCGGCAGCUUUCGAGUUGGCAUGGGAGAUAAGCGCCGGAGUUGGCUUGGCUUUCCCACUCCUUCACCGGGGAUCGGCGGCCCAAUACAGACCCCCGGCGGCGAGGAAUGGAGUGCUGAGAUUGAGAGGACGGAGAAGAAAGGUGGCAGGUGUUGUUGA